UGCGCACUUAAUCGCCCCUCGUGCACAUCCAUUCUGUGGAGAAGAGAAAAUUUCUGCAAAAAAGUUAUCGAUAAAUUGUAUCUUCUUCGGAAAAAUUUAGGGUUUUGCACCAACACAGGCACCAUGACUGCUUCUCCGUACCAUAUAGCGUCCCUUCUAGACAAAAUGACGUCUAGUGAUAAGGACUUCAGGUUCAUGGCCACUAAUGAUCUGAUGGCGGAGUUACAAAAAGAUUCUAUUAAACUUGAUGAUGAUAGUGAGCGCAAGGUGGUCCAGAUGCUAUUAAAGCUGCUGGAAGAUAAAAAUGGAGAGGUCCAAAACUUAGCUGUAAAAUGUCUUGGUCCCCUAGUCAGCAAGGUGAAGGAAUACCACGUGGAGACCAUCGUAGACACACUCUGCUCCAACAUGCUGUCGGACAAAGAACAGCUAAGAGAUAUCUCUAGUAUUGGACUUAAGACUGUGAUAGGUGAACUCCCACCAGCCUCUUCAUCACUAGCAGCCAACAUCUGCAGGCGAAUUACUGGGAGAUUGACAAAUGCUAUUGCCAAGAGUACUGAUGUAUCAGUCCAGCUAGAGGCCCUAGAUAUAUUGGGUGACCUGUUGAGUAGAUUUGGAGGUUUGCUAGUGACAUACCACCAAUCCAUACAAGCUUCCCUGCUCCCUCAGCUCAAAAGCUCAAGGCUGGCUGUCAGGAAAAGGGCUAUUAUUGCCUUAGGGCAUCUUGUUCUCAGUGCAAAUGCUGGUCUGUUUGUGGAGCUGAUGGACCAUCUUCUAAAUGAACUUCAGCUUAACACAUCUCACUCAACCACCAGGACCUUUAUACAGUGUAUUGGAGCUAUUUGCCGUCAGGCGGGACAUCGGGUUGGUGAGCAUCUAGAGAGGAUCAUCCCACUCAUAGUCCAAUUCUCCAAGGUUAACAACGAUGAUGAAUUAAGAGAAUACUGCAUCCAGGCUUUUGAAUCAUUUGUUUGCAGAUGUCCCAAGGAAGUCACCUCCUACAUACCCAAAAUCAUAGACAUAUGCCUAGAGUUUAUUUGCUAUGAUCCCAACUAUAACUAUGGAGACGAAAAUGAUGUGGAAAUGGAAACAGACAUGGAUGAGGACGAUGAGGAUGAGGAUGAUGAUGAGUACAGUGACGACGAUGACAUGAGCUGGAAGGUUCGCAGGGCUGCUGCAAAAUGCCUCGCUGCUGUACUUGGCUCAAGACAUGAGCUACUUAGUGAGAUGUACAAGAAUGUAGCACCAGCCCUGAUUGCCAGAUUCAAAGAACGGGAAGAAAAUGUGAAGGCAGACAUCUUCUCGGCUUACAUAACCCUUCUGAGACAGACGCGACCAGUAGCUGGUCAAGCAGAUGCAGAUGCCAUGGACGAAGAUGGGGGACCCCUAGCCUUGCUGCAGUGCCAAAUCCCAAAUGUAGUAAAAGCACUUCAUAGACAGCUGAGAGAGAAAAGUGUCAAAACAAGACAGGGUUGCUUCCACUUGUUGUCAGAGCUUGUGUCUGUCCUUCCAGGAGCAUUAUCUGAACACAUCAGCGCCAUUGUGCCAGGCAUUCAGUUCUCUCUCUCAGAUAAAAGUUCCACUUCAAAUAUGAAGAUUGAUACGCUGGCAUUCCUUGGAAGUAUCCUAUCCCAACAUUCCCCACAGGUUUUUCAUCCUCAUGUGCAAGUUUUGCUUCCGCCCGUUGUUCAAGCAGUUGGGGACCCUUUUUAUAAAAUCACAUCAGAAGCACUGCUUGUCACACAGCAGCUUGUCAAGGUCAUCAGACCACUAGACGUAGAAAGCAAGUUUAACUACAAGCCAUAUGUGGGGGAUAUCUACAGUUGCACCCUGAUGAGAUUAAAGGCUGCCGACAUUGACCAGGAAGUCAAGGAAAGAGCCAUCUCAUGCAUGGGCCAGAUCUUGUGCACAUUCGGAGAUGAAUUGCAGGCCGAGUUACCAGUCUGUCUACCUAUCUUCCUAGACAGACUCAGGAACGAGAUAACAAGACUGACAACUGUCAAAGCUUACACUCUUGUAGCAGGCUCACCUUUGAGAAUAGACCUUAGCCCAAUAUUGAGUGACUCUAUGCCGAUAUUGGCAUCCUUCUUGAGAAAGAAUCAAAGAGCGCUGAAGCUUUCUACGCUGACUGCCUUAAAUGUGCUGAUGACAAGCUAUGUUUCUUUAUUAUCAUCUGAUGAUAUCAGUGGGGUACUUGCUGAAGUACCGCCCCUUAUUAAUGAGAGUGAUCUGCAUAUAUCACAGCUGACCUUAUCCCUUCUUACCUCUACCGCUAAAGUACACCGAGUUUGCAUGGCCAAGGCUGCUUCCACCUUUUUACCAGCGAUUAUGGUUCUCGUUAAGUCUCCACUGCUACAAGGCGGUGCCUUAAAUGCUAUGCUCACAUUAAUCACUGAACUCGUCAACUCUGGCAUCAAGGGGAUGACCUUCAGUAGUCUCUUUGAGAUGCUGGUUUUGCCCAUCUAUGCCCCACAGCCUGGUGUACAAAUGAUUCACAAACAGGCAUAUUACUCUAUUGCGAAGUGUGUGGCGGCACUCACCAUGUCAUGCCCUGUGGAGGGUGAGGCAGUCGUCAACAGAUUUGUCAAAGAUAUACAGAGCUCCAAAGUAACAGAUUCUGUUCGUCUUUUCUCACUCUUGUCACUUGGGGAGAUCGGCAAGCAUGUGGAUCUGAGUAACCACAAGGACUUAGCGGCUGCCAUUCUUGAUUGUUUCUCAUCACCUUCAGAGGAAAUCAAGUCAGCAGCAUCGUUCGCAUUGGGUAAAAUCGCUGCAGGUAACCUUCAGCUGUACCUACCCUUCCUUCUCAAGGAAAUCGAAGCUUCCCCUAAGAAGCAAUACCUGCUCUUACACUCUCUCAAAGAGGUGAUAUCUUGUGAGGCGUGCAGCCCUGCUGGUAUUCAGGCCCUCAGACCCUUUAUUGCAUCUAUAUGGGUGCUGUUAUUUAGCCACUGUGAGAGCACAGAGGAAGGCACGCGGAAUGUAGUGGCUGAGUGUCUUGGCAAACUCACACUUGUGGACCCAGUUAACCUCUUGCCUCAGCUGCAGGAAUACCUCAAGUCUGGUUCAGCAUUCGCUAGAAGCACUGUCGUAACUGCUGUUAAGUUCACUAUUUCGGAUCAUCCCCAGCCAAUAGACCAGCUGUUGAAAGGAUCAAUCAGUCAAUUUCUACGGACUGUGCAGGACACAGACUUGAAUGUUCGACGUGUUGCCCUGGUAACGUUUAACUCUGCUGCUCAUAACAAGCCGUCCCUGAUCCGCGACCUUCUGGAUGACAUACUUCCUCAGCUCUACAAUGAAACUAAGAUCAGAAAAGAGUUAAUUCGUGAGGUCGAGAUGGGUCCAUUUAAACACACUGUAGAUGACGGACUGGAUAUAAGAAAAGCAGCGUUUGAGUGCAUGUAUACAUUACUAGACACGUGUCUAGACAGAUUGGACAUUUUCGAGUUCCUCAACCACGUGGAGGAUGGGCUAAAGGAUCAUUACGAUAUCAAGAUGUUGACGUUCCUAAUGUUGGUCCGACUUGCGUCUUUGUGCCCUAACGCUGUACUUCAGCGUGUGGACAUUCUUGUGGAGCCACUACGGCAAACACUCCAGACCAAAGUGAAGGCGAAUUCGGUGAAGCAGGAGUUUGAGAAACAGGACGAGCUUAAGCGAUCUGCCCUGCGUGCUGUUGUGGCUUUACUCUAUAUUCCUGACAGCGAUAAGAGCCCUCUGUUGAAUGACUUCCUUGCACAAAUCAAGUCCAGCCCUGAACUUGGUACAAUGUUUGAGUCCAUUCAGAAGGAUGCAGGCUCUGAGGCUAUGGACACCACCUGAGAAGAAUAAAGAGCUACCUUGUACAAUCAAUAGUUGACAACAACCAAGGUUCUACUUUACUGUUGUUUCAAGAUAAAAUAUCGAGCUUGGUGGUUAUUGUUUUGUCACAUAUGGUCGCUGCAAUAUUCUAUUGCUGAGGUGACCAAAAAGCAUUGUUUUAAAGGAAACCCAAUUAUUGUUUUGGGUGGGAAGAUUGCUGGUUAAGUGUUAGCAGUGUAGAAUACUGAGUAGUAGCAGUAGAAAUGACUUAUUUCAUACAAAAAAAAAAUGAGUUGUCAUAUUUUACUGGCCCUAACUAAAUAAUGCCUAGAAGGCAAAGUAUGUUGAUGUCAAAGGACUAGAAAUAUCCCAAGAAAAGUAUUUUAUUAAACAGCACAUUGUUGAGAACUGAAGCGAAGUUAUGGCCUUAAAAGACCAUCUACUCUAGCUGGAUUCAAUCUACAAGUCCGUAUUGCAUUCAGCACUGUACCAAGUACUUUGAGAGGCCCUGGUGAAAUGACUAUUUUCUGUCAUCUUGCAGCUUGAUCCAUGAAAGAAAAUCAAGCUAUUGUUUUGAUAAACCAUGUUUAAAACUGGAAUGUAAUAAAAUUCUCUAAUGAUAA